AUGAAAAUUCACACUAGAGAGAAGCCAUUCACAUGCCAGCACUGUGGAAAGAGUUUCACACUAAAAGGAAGCCUUAAUGAACAUGUAAUCAUUCACACUGGAGAGAAGCCGUUCACGUGUGAUCAGUGUGGAAAGAGUUUCACUAAAAAAGGUAAUCUUAAUAAACAUGUAACCAUUCACACUGAAGGGAAGUUGUUCACAUGUGAUCAGUGUGGAAAGAGUUUCAGAUAUAAAGAAACACUUAAAUCCCACAUGAGAGUUCACACUGGAGAGAAGCUGUUCACAUGCCAACACUGUGGAAAGAGUUUCACAAUAAAAGGAAACCUUAAUGAACACAUCAAAAUUCACACCGGAGAGAAGCCGUUCACAUGCCGACACUGUGGAGUGAGCUUCACUAAAAAAGGAAACCUUAAUGAACACAUCAAAAUUCACACCGGAGAGAAGCCGUUCACAUGCCAACACUGCGGAAAGAGUUUCGUUAAAAAAGGAACCCUUGAUCAACACAUAACCAUUCAUUCAGAGAAGCCAUUCCCAUGUGAUCAGUGUGGAAGGAGCUACAAAUAUGAAGAAAGCCUCAAGUCCCACAAGAGAGUUCACACUGGAGAGAAGAGAGAACAUUCAAGAGAGAGCGGUUUUGUGUGUCAUCAGUGUGGAGAGAGUUUCAGCUGUAAAGUAAGCCUCUACACUCAUGUGAGACUUCAUACUACAGAGAAGGCUUUCACCUGCAAACUGUGUGGGGAUAGCUUCUCACAAAAUGGAAAUCUUAAGUCACACAUGAGAAUUCACACUAGAGAGAAGCGAUUAGGGUGCACAGAGUUUCAGACGUAACCCUUGAGUCACACAUGAAAAGUCCUUACAACUGUAAACUCUGUAGGAUCAUAGAAACGUGUUAUUUACUACUAUAAAGUGACAUGACUGGGGAUGUUUUUUGGUACCAGAAAAUAUGCAUCUCUGUGAAAUGAAGGUAACAUUCACACUGAAGUUGAAUGUGGCCCAAAUCUGAUUGUCCACCUUCAUAACCAUUUGCAUUCUUUGCCUCUAUAACUUUUUUUUUUUUGGCUUUUUUUUUUAUCUUGUGCAUAUGAACUCCUGUGGCUGCA